ACGCAGUUCCUAUUAUUAUUCGAUAGAUUUUCGUCGUUCUCGCAAAGUACAGUCUCUCUAUAGAAAUGGCACCGAAGGCAGAGAAGAAACCGGCGGAGAAGAAGCCAGCGGCGGAGAAGGCGCCGGCCGAGAAAGCUCCGGCGGAGAAGGCACCUAAGGCAGGGAAGAAGCUGCCGAAGGAUUCGUCGUCGGGGGCGGAUAAAAAGAAGAAGAGGUCGAAGAAGGCGGUGGAGACCUACAAGAUCUACAUCUUCAAGGUCCUGAAGCAAGUCCACCCAGAUAUCGGAAUUUCAAGCAAAGCCAUGGGGAUUAUGAAUAGUUUCAUCAAUGAUAUCUUCGAGAAGCUCGCUCAGGAGUCUUCGAGGCUCGCUAGGUACAACAAGAAGCCCACCAUUACGUCUCGGGAGAUUCAGACCGCUGUGAGACUUGUUCUUCCUGGUGAAUUGGCUAAGCACGCUGUUUCUGAGGGGACUAAGGCGGUUACCAAGUUCACUAGCUCUUAGAAAUUAGGGUUUGGUUUGUUGGUGAAUUAGGGUUUCUCUUUGAAUGUAAAGGCGUAGUGUUUCACAAUCAAAAUUGGGUUUGAUCCUUUGACCUCUUAUCAAUGAAAUUUCUUUUUUUGUGGUAUUAAUCCUUGGUCAUUUUGUUUUGAUUGCAUGAUUUCAUUUGUUGAAUUUGGAAAACAAUUUCCAGGAGAUUCGAUGCACAGGUUUGCAUUUUGAAUUCCAGUGGCGCUGUUUAGCGAGCAGCACUCGAAGCCGAUGUGUUAUUAUCAUCGAGAAUUGCUAGUUUGGGCCAAUUAUUCGUUUGAUUUUCAUCCUUUUUGGUUUGAGCGUUGAAAUCGCAUUGCAUCUGAUUUAAUUUUCUCUUCCGCAUAUUAGUAAAAUACUUUGACUUUGGGACUCUUUAACUUGUAAAGAAGGCGAAGGUAUAGAUUGUGUGCGUCAUCUGUUUUAUUCCUAUAUGGUGAAAGUAUUCUGAACUGCCGUCCUCUACUACGGCUCUGUUUUUCUUGACCUGGAACUGGUCAUACAAAUCUGGUAUAGGCUAGCAAGUUGAUCAACUUUUCG